AUGAAUGGGCUCCAGGCACCACAAAUGGAAAUGGGUUCGAGCUCUUCUCCUUCUUCAAACUCAUCUGACUCGCUCCACGGCUUGAAGUUUGGCCAGAAAAUCUACUUUGAGGACGUGGGUGUUGGAGUUCCGGCGAAAUCCGGUGGUGGGUCGUCGGCCAAAGGCCUGUCAUCGCCGGCGCAGUCAAAGAAAGGGAGGAGUGCGGUGGUGCAGGGCGGACAACCACCAAGGUGUCAGGUUGAAGGGUGUAAAGUAGAUCUGAGUGAUGUUAAGCCGUACUAUUCUCGGCACAAAGUCUGUGGUAUGCACUCCAAAUCGCCUAAGGUCAUUGUUGCAGGGAUUGAGCAGAGGUUUUGCCAGCAGUGUAGCAGCUUCGACGAUGGGUGGGAACCUAGGGCAGAGAUCGCCGCCACCAAUCGGAAGCUGAAAUCGUUAAUCUCUGUCUUCUGA